UAAUUCUGAGUGUCAGUAAUUUUCUCGUAUGUCCGAUCUGCGCGCAGUUUCGCAGAUAAAUGAGCUUGCAAGAUAGCCUUUUCUCCGAGGACGUGGAGCACGACGUGACUCUAUUUUCAAGGGACAAGAAACGGAAAAGUUCAAGGCUCGUCGAUUUAGUCGUCUCUGAAACGUAAUUAACAUAGAUCUUACUCUUGGAACGACGAUUCAUCAACCGGAUCAGACGAUAGCGUGGAACGGUUGUUUUGUUCGGUCUGUUGCAGUCGAUUUCUUUUUCUUCUCGGCUUUCAUAUCUGGCUAUAAGAGAAAGAGAAGCGCAGAGAACCCCGAUUUAUCACGCUACAUGGUUCGUUCCACCUGAACGGUUGGCAUGUAAUUUAACUAUCGUGAAACGACGUUAAGGGUACUCGUCUUUCCACCUGUAAACAACUAUCGAAGAUAUAUUAUACACCAGCUGGUGCAGGACCGUUUUGCCGAUCUGCAUACAUUCUCGAUCGGCCAGGGUUCUGCCAGACGGACAGUCGUGUGUUACAAAAGUGACGUGAUAAGGGACCCAAAAUUGAAUGGUGAACAGUGUACAACAAGUUGUGUAACGAAAGGUACUGGUACCUUGUUCGAGAUGGGCGUUGAAGGUCGACGAUCGCCCUCUGCAUCUCCAGAACGCGUACGAAUUCAAAGACAAGUAAAAUCAACGCCAACGGUUGAAAUCUAUAGGCCGCCAGCUGCCAGGAGGGCCAGAAAUGAACUUCAAACAAAUAUGGACCAAAUUCAAAUACAAGCAGCUGCAGAUUCGUCUACUGCAAAAUCUUCUCGCCAGAGAAGGCCAGAUCGCGCAGUUUAUGUACCAAGACAUCGUAGAAGUUUGGAAACAGAAGGGAGUCCUCAGCCAGUAGAAUCUAUUCGUGUGAGUCGUUCAGUUAAGGACAAUCCGUCCUCUGCUUCUCAUGGCCAAUCAAAAUCAAGUUUAGAUAUCAAAGAAACAGAUUCUAGUUUACAACAAAGUAUAGAAUGUGAACAAAAGGAACUAAAUACGUGUUUUGAUGAUAAUCAAAGUAAUGAUGAAUCUGAAAUUAAUAUCUGUCUGCAAGAAGAUCCAAAGGACCCGACUUCUUCUGUUAUUCCAAAAGGACUUACGAUGGAAACUAGUGAUAAAAUAACAACUAAGCAGUUAGAUAAUCUAAAUGAAGAUGUGCCAAAUGAUACAGACAGUACUACUGCUCCUGAAACUAAAUGUGAGACAACUGAUACAUUUCAUUCAGGAAUUAUUGAAGAACAAGAAAUCUCUAGUAAUUCUAGUGAAGAUAACAAUAACUUAGACUCAGUUGAGACAUGUAUAUAUAGUGAAGUUAAUGUUAAUGAAGAAAUAGACAGAUCUGAUAAAUGUAAUAACGAUAUUGUUGUAACUAAUUCAAAUGCAAAUAACAAACAACAUUCGGAAAUUUCAAAUAAGGACGAGAUAACAAACCAAAAGAACACGCAAAUGAUGCGUUGCAAUAUGGUAUCAAACGUGCUGAUUAUCUCAGAUAGUGUACAGAAAGAACCACAACAACCUAAUAAGGAAGUUAUUCCUAUUCCUACAGCACUACCAGAGAAGAAAGUAAAAAAGGUUGUGCGGCAGAAAAGUAAACCUGCACCUCCACCUUCUCCACCAAUUAAAAAGAUUAAUAGGGAUGAAUGUGACUGGGACAGUUUAUUCGACGAUAAUGGUGAUUGUCUAGAUCCAACUCUUAUCGAGGAGUUAACAGCGGCUGUUGGUAAUGUUGUGAUAGAACAACCGAAAAGCGAUUACAAACCGUACACUAAACACAUCGAGGUAUCUAGCGACGAAUUUGCUCAUGUUGUUGAAAUUUACAAUUUUCCAUCAGAAUUUAAAACCAGCGAUUUAGCAGCUGUUUUUAGUCCUUUUAAGAAUGGUGGGUUUGAACUAAAGUGGGUAGAUGACACACACUGUCUUGGAGUCUUCAGUAGUCCUCUUGUUGCUGCUGAAGUAUUGGCUUCGGACCAUCCAUUUGUUAAAACACGACCCUUGAGCGAGGCCACAGCCUUGAGUAAAACAAAAGCAAAAAGGAGCGCGGAAUUUUUACAGCCGUACAGAAGUCGUCCAGAAACUUGCGCAGCAUUAGCUAGACGACUGGUUACGGGUGCUUUAGGUGUAAAAUUAGCUACUGCUAGGCAGGAACGCGAACAUGAGAAAAAUGUAUUACGUGAGGCUAAAGAAAAACGUAGAUUAGCCAACAAACAGCGAGAAGAUGCCUGGGAAGGCAUUAUACCUGAAAAGUAGCAUUAUUUGUUGGAAAUAUAAUGUUCAUACAUUGAGAAUUAUUUACAUCAUUAUGUAAGUGUUUUAUGGCAUUUACAUGAAUUUGUGCCUUACUCAUCUAUUCUCAUUUUUGACAAACUCAUUUUUGUCGAACUGAUUUGGCGAUUGGUUUUGGGAACACGGGAAAUUGCUUGCCAAUAGAUGAGUGUGGCAUGACAAAAGUAUCAAUUAACGGAUAUACUUGUUUAGGACUGGUAGAAUGAACUUUCCAGUGCUUGUUUAUUUUCUAUGUAUUAUGCAUAUCAUAAUAUUCAGACCAGUUGAAUGAGCGUGCCUGUUGUACUAUUUUCUAAUGGAAGGGUAUUAAAGCAUUUUAACUAAACAUCUAGAUGAGGGCGAUUUACAGCCUUGACAUAUUAGUGAAACUAUAUAAAAAAGAACACAGAUGUAAAAGCGUUUUAUGAUAUACAUAUACGGUUAUUCUUACCUCGACAGUUGCCUCUCUGUUAUAAAUUUAUAUAUACACGAUAAACAAUGCUGUGUUGUGCAAUUGUAAUACAAGACAAUAAGUUAGAAUGAUAUAAACCGAGGAUAUCCUUUUACACAAGCACGCAUGCGUGGACAUACAUCGAUAUGCUACAAUGACAUGUAAUCACAGCGUGUCUUCACAGAGUUAUGAUUUUAGGGUAAUGAAUUUUACUGAAAUAUGAAGUGGCAUUUUAUUAUUAUAUGCAAUGUAAGAUUAUUGUAGUUACGAAUUAUGCCACUUAUUAUAUUACAUAUACAUAUAUAAAUCUGUUACAUGAAUGUUAAAGAUUUGACGCACAAUCACAAUAUAUCAACAGGAAUUACAGAUUUACUAAGAGAAAAAAAUGAAUUUGACACAGAUUGUAUUUUUAUAUACAAUUGUUACCAACAGAGAAAUAAAGAUAUGUAUUGCCAAAUCCUAGUCAAUGUAUGCAAGGAAUAUGUUACCUAUAUUGUAUAUUAUAUUGCAGAAUUUUGUCAAAAAUUGACAAGAGGAUUAAAAGAAAAAGGGAAUAAAAAUAUUUUAUAUAU